CCAGGUGUGGGCCAAGCACUGUGCAUAGUUUCAGUUUUGGCAGCAGCACCCAGUGUCCUGCUGGCAACUCCUAGGAAGGCAGGGGUUGUGGACUCGCCAGCAGGCUGUUCCCCCGAAACUGACUCGACGCGAGAGAAGCAAGUCUCUAAAACAUCCAAGCAAGAAAUUGGCCUGGGCCCCGCAGCCCAGAGGGAGCCACCAACGAUGUCGCUCUUCUUCCUCGCCUGCCUGCUGGCUGUCCUCCCAGUGGUCUCCAUGAAGAGUCCCAUCUUCGGCCCCCAGGAGGUGAGCAGAGUGGAAGGCAGCUCAGUGUCCAUCAAAUGCUUCUACCCAGCCACCUCUGUCAACCGGCAUUCCCGGAAGUACUGGUGCAAGCAGGGAGCCAGGGGCCGUUGCACUACCCUCAUCUCGGACAUCUACUUCUCCAAGGACUAUGAGGGCAGAGCCAACAUCACCGAUUUUCCAGAGCACAACAUGUUUGUGGUAGACAUUGGCCAUCUCACCCAGAAUGACACUGGGCACUACAAGUGUGGUGUAGGCAUUGUUAACCAAGGCCUGUACUUUGAUGUGAACCUGGAGGUCAUCCAAGGUCCCGGGCUCCAAAACGGCAUUCGAGUCUAUACAGCAGACGUGGGCAAAAAAGUGAUCAUCAACUGCCCUUUCACGUCCGAGAAUGCUAUGCAGAGGAAGUCUGUGUGCAAGAAGACAGGCAAGCAGUGUGUUCUAGUCACCGACUCCACUGGGUAUGUGAGCCCUGACUACAGCAACAGAGCUGAAAUCACUAUUCAGGACACCAGCCAGCUAUCGUUCAGCUUCAUCAUCAACCGAGUCAGGCUCAGCGAUGCCGGGAAGUAUGUCUGCCAGGCUGGGGAUGAUUCUAGGGGUGACAAAAGCAAUGUCGACCUCAAAGUGCUGAAGCCUGAGCCUGAGCUACUUUAUGGAGACCUGAGGGGCUCAGCGACCUUUGACUGCACCGUGGACCCCGAAAUGGCACGUCUGCCCAAAUUUCUGUGCCGGGUGAACAAAGAUAAAGCCUGUGAAGUGGUCAUCAACACCCUGGGGACAAGGGCUCAGGCCUUUGAUGGAAGGAUCCUGAUUACUCUCAAGAACCAGGGCUCCUUCAGUGUGCAUAUUACUGGCCUGAGGAAAGAGGAUGCUGGGAGCUACCUGUGUGGAGCCCACUCUGAUGGGGAACCUCAGGAAGGCUGGCCCAUGCAGGCAUGGCAACUCUUCGUCAAUGAAGAGACGACGAUUCCGCGUAUUGUCUCUGUGAUGAAAGGUGUGGUAGGAGGCUCUGUGGCCAUGCCCUGCCCCUACCAGCCUAAGGAUAAAAAUAGCCAGAAGUACUGGUGUCGCUGGGAUGAGCAAAACAGUGGCUGCCCACAGCUGGUGAGCAACGAGGGGCUGGUUAAGGAGCAGAGCAAACCCUACGAGGGCAGGCUCGUCCUGCACGAAGAGCCAGGCAAUGGCACCUACACGGUCAUUCUCAACCAGCUCACCACCAAGGAUGCUGGCUUCUACUGGUGUCUGACCAGCGGUGAUACUCGCUGGUGGUUCACGGUGGAGCUCAAGAUUGUGGAAGGAGAGCCAAACCUCAAGGCACCCGAGAAAGCCAUUGCGUGGCUGGGAGACACUCUCAAGGUGCCCUGCCACUCGCCAUGCAAGUUCUUCUCCUACGAGAAAUACUGGUGCAAGUGGAGCAACAAAGGUUGCAAGGUCCUGCCCAGCCAAAACGAGGCCUCCAGGCAGGCCUCUGUGAACUGCGACCCGAACAACCAGCUCACCUCCCUGAUCCUGAACCCAGUCACCAAGGAGGAUGCAGGCUGGUACUGGUGUGGGGUGAAGGAUGGGCCCCAAUUCGGAGACACCGUGGCUGUCUACGUGGAGGUCAAGGAGAAGGCGAAGGCAUCCCACGAUGUCAGCCAAGUGAACGCAGCGGCUCCGGGCAAGGAGGUGAUAGAGCCACCUGUCAAGGUGAUAGAGCCACCUGUCAAGGUGAUGGAGCCACCUGUUAAGGUGAUAGAGCCACGUGUCAAGGUGAUCGAGAACCAAGUCAUUAAAGAUCCCAGCCUUUUUGCAGAGGACAAACCAGUGAAGGAUAGUGGAAAACCAGAGGACAGGAGCAAAGCAUCUGCAGACACUGGCAGCUCUGCCGGACAAGGAGGGAGCUCCACAGUGCUGGUCUCCACGCUGGUGCCCCUGGCCCUGGUGCUAGCACUGGGGGCCAUGGCGGUGGCGGUGGUUAGAGCCCGGCAUAGGAGGAACGUUGACCGGGUUUCGAUUGGAAGCUACAGGACAGACUUCAGCAUGACGGACUUGGAGAACUCCAGGGAUUUUGGAACCAAUGACAACAUGGGAGCCUCUACGAUCACUAUCACUCAGGAGACAUCUCUCGGAGGAGAAGAUGAGCUCACGGCCACCACCGAGGACACUGUGGAGACCCAAGAGCCCAAGAAGGCCAAGAGGUCCUCCAAGGAGGAAGCUGACAUGGCCCACACUGCCUUCCUGCUCCAGGCCAACAACAUGGCGACCAACGUCCAAGAUGGCCCCAGCGAAGCCUAGGCCAAGCGCCCUGCCUCCUCCUUCCACCCUUGACAAUCACCUUCAGAAUCACGUUGAUCCUUAGGGCCCUCAGCUCGGGGGGCUCGCUGCCUGCACGCAACCCCACCCAGGCUUUUCCUACCUAGUCCCUCUUCAGUGGCAUCCAAUCCUGGCUUCAUUGUUCCUGUUGGGGGCCAGGUGAUGUGAGGAGUUCCUGCCUGAGGGAACUUCUUUCUAAUGCGACAACUAAGGUGUGGAAGGAGAAGGAAUUUUUAGAAAGGCCUCCUCAAAAAAAAAAAAAGAAAAGAAAAGAAAAGAAAAAAGAAAAAAAGAGCUCAGGAAGGGUGGGAGGUAAUUUUAGAAAGGAGGGCCAUUCAGGGCUUCUCUGUACCCUUAUUAUGGGAUGGCAAUGGGAUUCUCCUCUUUACUCCAUCCCUUCAUCUCUUAUCCCCUCCCUCCCAUCCAUCCUCUCUUCUUCUUUCCUUCAUUGAAAAUACAUAUACGAACUCUGGCCAGAUAGCUCAAUUGGUUAGAGCGUCAUCCUGAUACUACAAGGUUGCAGGUUCCAUCCCUGGACAGGACACAUAUAGGACGCAACCAUGAAUGCAUAAAUAAGUGGAACAAUAAAUCAACGUUUCUCUCUUUCUCUCUCAAAUCGAUCAAUAAAUAAAAAUGAAACACACACACACACACACACACACACACACACACACAUUAAUCCUCACCAGAACCCAGGCAUCUAGCAGAAUGAACAGAGAUGCUGCACACCCAGCCUGCAUGCAGCCUUUGUGUAAACAUCACUGAGUCCUUGGAAGCCACAGCUCCUCUCAGUGUAUUGUACUCACUACGACCUGAAAUCCUCAUCAGGUAUACUCACCUCUCUGUCCACCUUGGGACAAAUCAGAAAAUGUCUAGAGUCCUGAGGUCUUAGGGAUCCUGUAACAUGGGCAUAUAUACAAUGAACCUUAAAUACACGUUCUUAACACUUUACAGGGUAGAAAAUUGAGGUCCUGAGAGGUGAAGAGGUUUGCUUAGGGGCACCAAAUGAGUUACACUGAUUUGGUGACUCCUGUUUUCUUGGCCAGGGAUCUCUCUACAAGAGCCCCUGCUCUCCUGGUGAAAACAGGAUUCUAGAACAAGCAGAAGGGGAGGGAGGGGGAGAGGAAGACAAAAUUGCAAAUGGAGGCUGGUCUUUCCCAAGCCCCACCUCUGGUAAGACAACCGGUUCCCUUUCUGUCACUCACAUGAAUCUAAGAGGAUAAGAGAAUGGUCCAACACUCACAGCCCCUGUAUUAGAAGAGUACCAAGUGGAAGGGAAGAUAAGAGGGUAUGUGAUGGUGCCAAGGGAGGGUCUGGUCUCCAAAGAACUAAGGUUUAAGGUCUUUCUCCCUCUGAGCUCUGUACCUCCACCAGCUGGCACUUGCUACCAAAUAAAAAUGUGACUUAAUUAAUAAUUAAAGACUAUGAUUUCCA